AUGGCGCGUCUUGGCCGCGUCGGGUUUCUGGCCCUCGCGGUGGUCUUCCACCUGAUCUAUACAUAUUCAAUCUUCGAUAUCUACUUCGUCAGUCCAAUUGUGAGUGGCAUGAAAUCACAUGGUGUCGAACGACCCUCCGGAAUUGCCGCCCCAGCCAAACGUCUCGUCCUAUUUGUCGCCGACGGCCUCCGCGCCGACAAGGCCUUCCAAGCUUUCCCUGACCCGUCCCCCGGCGCCGAUCCUGAAAACGACGAAUUGAUCCGCCUGUCACCGUUCAUUCGCUCCAAGGUCCUUUCCCAUGGCACAUUCGGCGUGUCGCAUACCCGAGUACCUACCGAAUCGCGCCCCGGCCAUGUUGCGCUUAUCGCGGGCCUCUACGAGGAUGUCUCCGCCGUGACCACAGGCUGGAAAUUGAACCCUGUCGACUUCGAUAGCGUUUUCAAUCAGAGCAGGCACACAUGGAGCUGGGGAAGUCCCGACAUUCUGCCCAUGUUCAAGGAGGGCGCCGUGCCUGGCAGGGUUGAUGCUGAAACAUACAGCGAAGAAGCGGAGGAUUUUACCGUGGAUGCGACACAUCUGGACACAUGGGUCUUCGACAAGGUUCAUGGGCUCUUUGAAUCGGCCAAGACGGACCCUGAACUGGAUAGCAAGCUGCGCGAUGACAAGCUGGUAUUCUUCCUUCAUUUGCUGGGACUGGACACGACCGGUCACUCCUUCCGGCCAUACUCGAAUGAAUACCUGCACAAUAUCCAGGUGGUGGAUCGCGGAAUUGAAGCCGUCACAAAGUUGGUGGAUGACUUCUACGGUGACGAUCAAACCGCCUUCGUUUUUACUGCGGAUCAUGGUAUGAGUGACACUGGCAGCCACGGCGAUGGUCAUCCAGACAACACGAGGACACCACUGGUUGCCUGGGGAUCUGGUGUUGCGCACCCGCAGUAUUCAACCAGCGGCAUCGCUCCUGGCCAUGAGGAUGGGUUCUCUGCCGAUUGGGGCUUCGACCAGGUCCGCCGCCAUGAUGUCGCACAAGCUGAUGUCGCUGCGCUCAUGGCAUACCUGGUUGGUCUGGAUUUCCCUGUGAACUCAGUCGGGCAAUUGCCGCUGGAUUUCAUCAGUGCGAGCCCCGAGGAGAAAGCCCGGGCCGCUCUUGCCAACACACGUGGUGUGCUAGAGAUGUACCGCGUGAAGGAAGAGCAAAAGAGCAAUGCCGUGAUUCGGUACGUGCCUUACGAGCAGCUGUCUGGCAACCAUAUGAACUCGAUUGAAUACCGACUGCAAAACAUCGAGGCCUCCAUCUCGAAGGGUGACUAUGACGAGGCUAUUUAUAUGUCAGCUGAGUCCUUCCGCGCAGCCCUGGAAGGUCUGCGCUACCUGCAAACCUACGACUGGCUGUUCUUGCGUACCAUUGUCUCUGUUGGUUAUCUUGGUUGGAUCGCGUAUGCGUUGACAACAGUAAUUGAUCUGCAUGUUCUGCACGGCACAUCUGACACUCACCGCACAACAGCGAGCGUCUCAUUCUUCUCGUCCGUCCUAGUUGCGCUUUUCUCGGUAUUUUUGUACCAGGGCUCGUCCUGGCGCUAUUACUUCUAUGCGUUCUUCCCGGUGUAUUUCUGGGAAGAAGUUUUCGCACGCCGCAAGGCCUUGAUUGCCGGUCGUCAGAUCUUGCUCGGCCAUGUGCGCUCUUUCACUGGAUACCUUAAGUUUGGGCUUCAAUUUUUGGCAUUCCUCGGUGUCAUGGAGGCUAUGGUGCAAUCGUAUUUCCACCGGGAGAUCUUCACGGUGUGCUUUGCAUUGGGCGCAUUUUGGCCGGCGAUUCAUGGCUUCAGUUUUAUUCGUAGCCAUGCAACCCUCGCUGCGACUUGGGCUCUUGGCUGCGGCUUGAUGAGCUCAUUCACUCUUUUGCCGGUCAUCAAGGUUGAAAACAUUGACACGAUUACCUAUGGUGGAAUGGCCAUGUUCCUGACCGGAAUCUUGUACCUCCUGUUUGAGGAUGCGAUCAUUGGAUCUAGAGAAGCAAACGCAAUUGGUCGUGUCGGCUCGCGGAUCAUCAUGGGGAUCCAGCUUGGUAUGGUUCUCUUGGCAGUCAUUGUCACUAGAUCGUCUGUUUUCUCCCUGCAGGCUCGCCAAGGCCUACCAUUCGGAAACCUCGUUGUGGGAUGGGUUGUCUUUGUGGCUUCUCUGACUCUGCCGUUCUUCCACCGUUUAUAUCCAAACAGCAACUACCUUCACCGACUCAUGAUCAUCUUCUUGACAUUUUCACCGACAUUCAUCAUCCUCACUAUCUCAUGGGAAGGAUUGUUCUACUUCGUGUUUUGCAUGACCAUCGUCACAUGGGUCCGACUUGAACACGCCAUUUACGUCCACACAGGGCUGGAUACCAAACAACAAACCGUUAGCAAGGAUCAUGCAGCAAAGCCCGAGAACACCGGCUCCACCACUGUCAAUGGUGAAACAUUCUACUACCGUGCCCUUACCCUCUCGGAUGUCCGCGUGGCAGUAUUUUUCUUCUUCUUGCUGCAAUCUGCCUUUUUCAGCACCGGCAAUGUCGCAUCGAUCUCGACUUUCUCCCUGGACAGUGUUCGCCGAUUGGUUCCUGUCUUUGACCCCUUCGCGCAAGGCGCCCUCUUGAUCCUUCAAAUCCUCAUUCCCUUCGCCAUCAUCAGUGCCAACCUGGGCAUUCUCAAUCGCCGGUUGGAAGUCGCCCCCAGUGCUCUGUUCAUGGUUGUGAUGGCUAUUUCUGACAUCAUGACCCUGAACUUCUUCUAUAUGGUCCGUGACGAAGGCUCCUGGCUCGACAUCGGCAUGACCAUUAGUCACUUCUGUAUUGCCAGUGCCCUGUGCACCUUUGUGGCUGGCCUCGAGUUCCUGAGUGAACUCUUUGUCAGUGGCGUGCAUUUCCCCGUGAUCACGGCCGUCGGAUCCGCCGUGGUCGAGACCAUUGACCAAGCCACUGAAUGUGGCCACGAGGACCGCAAGGAGCCGAAGAAGCCCCAGCCCAACGGGGCUAAGCAAUCCAAGUCCAAGUCCAAAAGCAGGGGCAAGGGCAAAUCUACCAGGUAG